GUUUGGUGGCUCUUUAGACCUUGAAUAUGUAUUUUCAAUCAAUGAAAAACGCUGCUGUCACUAAAAUGAAAGUUGAAUUAGGAGAAUAAACAGUUUAUGGGAUAGUAAAGGAAAAAGAAGAAGCAAAGCAAGAAUUUGAUGAAGGAGUCAAACAAGGAAAAACUAUGGCUUAUAGUGAGGAAGAUUUAAGAUUUUCAUAAAUAAAAAGACUCAAAAUAGGCUAGCUUGCUCCAAAUAAAUAAUUAAAAGUGAUUUUCGAAUAUAUUCAAUCUUUAGAAGUAUUUUUAAACAAAUUGAUCAAAAUUAUUAAAGCAACAGAGAGAAAAUUCCAGUUGGAUUUAAAAAGGUUUUAAAAUACUUAAAUGGCAUACUUAACCUCAGAGACUUUACAUUUCACUAUAAAUAAAAUAUUGAGAUAAUAUUAGAUACUGGAUCAUCUAUUACUUAUUGGAAAUCUCCAACUCAUAGUUUAUAUAUCAAGUUAAAUAACAGGAAAACUGUAAUAAAUUAUUUCUUAAACUAGAAGAUAUAAUUAAUUUCUUUUCAAUUUUCUUUUUUUAUAAUCAAGUUUGGAAUGUUUUAAGAAUUUAUCCGUAUUUAUCUUUAUCACUGAAAAUUAUAAUCCAUAUAGAAAUUUACAUUACUUUUUUCAUCUGAUGAUAUUAAUCUACCUAGAGCAAUAUUAAGCAUACAAACAAUGAUGCUUUAUUGAUUUAGAAAUAUUGUGCCACAUUAACUUUUAUUCCAUAAUUUAAUUAAAUAUCAUUAGACGAUCCCUAUAAAUACAUUGAAAGUAUAACCUUACCAUAGAAAUAAGUCAUUAAUAGAGGGAACUAUUUAUUCAUUAUUGAUAGAAGUGGAUCAAUGGAUGGAUCUAAAAUUGAAAAAGCAAAAAAAUCAUUAAUUCUAUUUCUAAAAAUUUUGCCUUAAAAUUCUUUAUUUAAUAACAUAUCAUUUGGUAAUAAUAAUACUGAUAGUAAAUAUCUCUCUCUUUGGAAUGAAUCAAUGUAAUAUGCCUAAGAUACUUUAUAAGAAGCUAUUUAACAUGUAGAAAAUAUGACAGCAGAUUUUGGAGGGACAAAUAUUUAUAAACCUUUCAAAGAAAAAAUAUACAAUAGCAGUUACAGAAAUUCAAAUAAUACCACAUUAAAUUUGUUUUUGUUAAAAGAUGGGAAAGAUGAUGCAGAUCCAAUAAUUUAAUUAGUUAAGGAUAACAAUCGAGCAGAAACGAGAAUCUAUACAUUAGGAAUAGGAGAAGGUUGAAGUUAUUAUUUAAUUAAAAGAGUUGCUGAAGUUGGUAAUGGG